AGAUGGAACUGAGUCCUAGGGAGUUCAGAUGGCUGGCUUGAGGUCACCAGAGUUAACCCUUCGGUUUCCCCACUGUCAGAUGGUGCUGCUUUCUACAUUAACCCGCUCCUGAAAGGUGUGAGGGUUGCCGUUGUGUUACAAUCAUGGUGCAGAAAUACCAGUCACCGGUGAGGGUGUAUAAACACCCCUUUGAGCUAAUUAUGGCGGCCUAUGAAAGGAGGUUCCCUACAUGUCCUUUGAUUCCGAUGUUCGUGGACAGUGACACGGUGAAUGAAUUCAAGAGUGAAGAUGGGGCUAUUCAUGUCAUUGAAAGGCGCUGCAAACUGGAUAUAGACGCACCCAGACUGUUGAAGAAGAUUGCAGGAGUCGAUUAUGUUUAUUUUGUCCAGAAAAACUCACUGAAUUCUCGGGAGCGCACUUUGCACAUUGAGGCCCAUAAUGAGACGUUCUCCAAUAGGGUCAUCAUUAACGAGCACUGCUGCUACUCUGUUCACCCUGAAAAUGAAGAUUGGACCUGUUUUGAACAGUCUGCGAGUUUAGAUAUUAAAUCUUUCUUUGGUUUUGAAAGUACAGUGGAAAAAAUUGCAAUGAAACAAUAUACCAGCAACAUUAAAAAAGGAAAAGAAAUCAUCGAGUACUACCUUCGCCAGCUAGAAGAGGAAGGCAUUACCUUCGUGCCCCGCUGGACCCCGCCUUCCACGGCACCCUCUUCAGAGACGUUUUCGUCCUGUAAGAAGCAGGCAGAGUCCGUGGCGGCUGCUGUCCCUGAUGCUACCCUCAAGGAAGGGCUGAGCAGCGAGGCCCUGAGUAACCCCAGUGGGGCGCCGGAGCCCGCGGUGGGCACCCCUGACGACAAACUCGAUGCAGACUACAUCAAGAGGUACCUGGGCGACCUGACUCCACUGCAGGAGAGCUGCCUCAUCCGACUGCGCCAGUGGCUCCAGGAAACCCACAAGGGCAAAAUCCCCAAAGAUGAACAUAUUCUCCGGUUCUUACGUGCUCGGGAUUUCAACAUCGACAAGGCCCGAGAGGUCAUGUGCCAGUCCCUGACGUGGCGGAAGCAGCACCAGGUCGACUACCUCCUGGACACCUGGAGCCCUCCUCAGGUCCUGCAGGAUUACUACGCAGGAGGCUGGCACCAUCACGACAAAGACGGGCGGCCUUUGUACGUGCUCCGGCUGGGGCAGAUGGACACCAAAGGCCUGGUGAGGGCCCUCGGCGAGGAGGCCCUGCUGAGAUACGUUCUCUCCAUAAACGAAGAGGGGCUGAGGCGGUGUGAAGAAAAUACAAAGGUCUUCGGUCGGCCUAUCAGUUCCUGGACCUGCCUGGUGGACCUAGAAGGGCUGAACAUGCGCCACCUCUGGAGACCUGGUGUCAAAGCCCUGCUGAGGAUCAUCGAGGUGGUGGAGGCCAAUUACCCGGAGACGCUGGGCCGCCUGCUUAUCCUGCGGGCGCCCAGGGUGUUUCCUGUCCUCUGGACACUGGUUAGUCCAUUCAUUGAUGACAACACCAGAAGGAAGUUCCUCAUUUAUGCAGGAAAUGACUACCAGGGGCCUGGAGGCCUGCUGGAUUACAUCGACAAAGAGAUUAUUCCAGAUUUCCUGAGUGGGGAGUGCAUGUGUGAAGUGCCCGAGGGCGGUCUGGUUCCCAAGUCUCUGUACAGGACUGCGGAGGAGCUGGAAAACGAAGACCUCAAGCUCUGGACCGAGACCAUCUACCAGUCUGCCAGUGUUUUCAAGGGCGCCCCACACGAGAUUCUCAUCCAGAUUGUAGACGCCUCUUCGGUGAUCACGUGGGAUUUUGACGUGUGCAAAGGGGACAUUGUCUUCAACAUCUAUCACUCCAAGAGGUCACCACAGCCACCCAAAAAGGACUCACUGGGGGCCCACAGCAUCACUUCCCCAGGCGGGGACAACGUGCAGCUCAUAGACAGGGCCUGGCAGCUGGGCCGAGACUACAGCAUGGUGGAGUCGCCUCUGAUCUGCAAGGAAGGCGAGAGUGUGCAGGGCUCUCAUGUGACGCGGUGGCCAGGUUUCUACAUCCUGCAGUGGAAGUUCCACAGCAUGCCGGCCUGUGCCGCCACCAACCUGCCACGGGUGGACGACGUGCUGGCCUCCCUGCAGGUCUCCUCACACAAGUGUAAAGUGAUGUUCUACACUGAGGUCAUCGGCUCCGAGGACUUCAGAGGUUCCAUGACUAGCCUGGAGUCCAGCCACAGCGGGUUCUCCCAGCUGAGCGCCGCCACCACAUCCUCCAGCCAGUCCCACUCCAGCUCCAUGAUUUCCAGAUGGCGAUUUUGCUGACAGCUGCCACGAAAACGCUUCACUCAACAGGCCCCAUGUGCCCAGAGAUGUUUCUAGAACUAUCUGAUCGCAGCCAUUCCCCCCACCCCCCAGGCUGAACAGCUGUUCUCUUUAAGUUGACUCAGACGUGGCUCCGGGUUAUCCCCAGAGAGCCGGUGCGGCCCUGAGCCCAGCACAGGACUGCACACGCGCUCGCAGGGCUGCUCACGGGUCCUCGCCACCUCACUGUCCUUGCAGGAGCGCAGGCAUCUGCGGCGACCAGGCCGUUGGCGUCCUGCCUCUCCACUUUCAGAACCGGCCCCUCUUUUUAAGAUGCUGCUGUCGUCCCCCUUUUCAGUACUAAUGAUUCUGUGGGUUCCCCUCUAUUACUAGUGUCUUAAUUUACUCACCUUCCUCAACUCAGCAUUCGCAUAUCAAAUUCUGUAAAUGUUUUGUAAACAUAUUACCUCACUCUUGGUAAUACAAUACUGAUAGUCUUUAAAAGAUUUUUUUAUUGUUAUCAAUAAUAAAUGUGAACUGUUUAAAGAAAA